UUGUUCAGGAUGUAUACGAUUUAGGGAAGAAACACGACAAAGAGAUGGCGAUGUUCGUUUGCGCAAUCUUCUCAAAGCACGAACGGCGAAGCGAACGCCGCCGGUUCCAGAAGCCGCUCCGUUGGCGCAUGCGCUACGCGCGCUUCGCUCGCGGCUGCCUCGGCCACGCUACGCCCGCAUCAUCUCGGUGUCGUGUCGUCGUUCAUUUUUCUUUCUUUGCUUUCAAGAACUCCGGAGAGAAGCACGGUGCAGGGGCGUUAGGCCUACGGCGUCGGUGCUGCUGCUGCGUUCAGCGGCAACAUGUGGCGGCAAGGAGGAACCAUCUGCUUAUGGAGCUUCUCGGUUGUCGCCGCAGUCGCAGUGCUCUUCGUUAGAGGACAGAAGCCCGUGCCGCACGGGUGUGACCUGGACAAAGAAUCCAAGGGAGCUUCGAAGUGUGCUCAAGAGAACUUCAAAGGAAAGUUCGACCAAGUGAUGGCCGAGAAGCUGGUAAUCGGCUGCAUCACGGGAAACCUCACCAUCGCCGAAUUUCGAAACCGCUGCCGGGAGCCCCCAUUGGCUGGCCGCGUCGCGCGUUGCGUCGCCGGAACGCUUCCGCAGAUCAAGUUCGUCGAAAAGCCGUCUAUGAAUCAUCUUGCCAGAUUUCAAAACUGUGUCGUUAAGACCAUUUACCCACUGGCGAAUCUCUUCAGGUGAUCGCCGUGCGACGGCUAUGCUAAAUAAUAAAACGCUCAAUGUCGCGGUCCACGUGACGUUCGGCACUCGCUUGUAGUUUU